AAUAACAUCUCAAAAUGGCAAAGAUGGGUGAGCUGUCAGAGAACGAGAAAUUGCUGUUUUCUCAUCUUAACAAGGGUGAAAGUUUUAUUUCUUGGUAAAUAGAUGCUCCUAACUGAUACUUUUCUAAAAUUUUAACGUUUUUUUCUUUCAAAGGCAACGACCAGGAGGCGAUCAAGCUUUUGAGUUCUGGCGAUGUUAGGGUUGACUGCUUGGACGAGGUAGGCGUCAAAAAGAAUUGUUGGAAAUAUUAAAUACAUUUGUUUGCCAGUUGGAUCUACCUUUGUACCUAUUUUUUUUUUUUAAAAAAAGGCUUUGAUUGGUUCCUUAAAAAUAUCUUGAUCGCGACCUUAGUUUUAAAAACCCAGAGUCCAAUCUGAAUAUGAAGUAUAUACCAAUCUGAAGAUAUUUAUUUGCAGUGAGUUUUUCAUUACCUAAUUAAUAAGCUAACUUAUUUUGAAUGAGGCUGAGUAGGAUAUGAAGAAUUAAGCAGAUCAAGGAGGGUGUUAUCUACCAAGGCCGAAGGCCGAGGUGGAUAACACCCUCCGAGAUCUGCUUAAUUCUUCAUAUCCUACGAAAGCCGAAUUCAUUAAUUGCUUAAUUAUUCAUUCAAAAUCAUUCCUAGUUUAAAAACAUAGCUAAAACACGCUUACCUGCAUCGAUGUUAAGUUCAUCUUCGAUACUGUAUGUUUAGGUUUGUCCAGCUCCGCAAGGAUUCUCCAAAUAGCAGAUAUCGCCCUCCGAGUUGUCUUUUUGCUGUUUUUGCUUUGUUUUUAGCUAUUAUUUCGCCUAGUUCCAGCUGUAGUUCUUACUCUUGAAAUGAGUGAAAUGUCCGCCAUGUUUUUUUUCACGACCAAAUGACUCAACCUCGUCCCCAGGUCUUCUCAGUUAACGGUGCCUUAACCUGUAGAGGGCUGCAUUUUUUUCCUCGUUAAACACAAAAUUCUUCCAAAUUUGGUCGUCAGUAACUGGUAACUAUGCGUGUGCUAUUAGCCAAUCAGAAUUGGGAAAUAUUUUGAAUGAAUAAUAAUAUGUUUUUAGAAUUUUUAUAUACGCUAAAUGCAAAGAUUCGUGUUAGUGGUUAUUAAAACACAUAUAUUGAAUAAAACACUACCAUUGUGUCAGUAAAUGUUUAUUUAAUUUUGUGAUUAAAAAAAAUUGUGUCUUUGUUGUCACGUCUGACUGCGCCUUGCAUGCAUGACUCCUCUCUCUUUCUUCCUUUUAAUUUUGAAUAGAUGAUUUUUAUUUUAAUCAGUGCACAUUAUGCUUUAAUUUAUAUAAUUUCACCAUUUUUUAAGAGAAAAUGAUGGCUAUUAUUUCCAGUUCUAUAAUUCACCUUUUUCACAUUGCCCAUUGAUGCAUAUUGUUUACCAACCCCCCACCCCUAAACAAAACAAAAGGAAGAAAAAAAUAAAGAAAAAAAGAAAAAAAGUGCUUAAGCAUUGUCUAAUUUCUCUUGGGAAGAAUGUAAUACCUACAAGCGGCGACAAAAUUGUUGAGACAUUGUGCUCAGAGAACAAAAGAAUCUGCACCCCUGCCCUGUCCCCUCCAUUCAAAGUUGGGGUGCUUGUUGUUUUCUAUAGGUAGCUCGAACAUCAGCACAACAUUGCAUGGAGGGGAUUAGGGAGGAAAAGCUAUAUUUCCUUCUUUUGAAGUCAGUAAAACAUUAAAAAGUCCUGUUUAGGGUGAAGUUUCUCAACUCAUUUUGUUGCCGAUUGUAGAAGAAAUUGGAAACAUUUUGGGGUGUAAGCAAGGCCAGGGGGGUUACUCCAGAUUCUCUGGAUUGCAAGUGACAGGGAUGAUUGAAUGGGGGCAAAAGUCAAAACCUAAAAAAAUCCCUGGACCAAAAUUUAACACCAAAAAAAUCCCAUGCUGAAUUUCUGAGCCAUAAAAAUUUCCAGAAAGCAUAAAUUAUGUUCACGAAAAAUAGAAACAUUAGUUUUGAAUACCCCCCAAAAUCCUACUUUAAUCAAGCUACCCCCCAAAUUUCUGAAAUCGAAAAUUUCAAACCUCAAAAAAUCCUUAGAUCAUCCCUGUCACCUGAAAUCCGGAGUAGCCCACCCUAGGAAACAAGGUGUAUUAUUGGCAAUGUAAAAAUAGUGAAUGUCAGCUAGUGGUACAUUAGGUAGUAAAGAUGAGUUUGUAUUUAUUUCAGCAUGGGAUGACCCCCUUAAUGAAUGCAGCAUAUAAGGGGAAAGCAGAAAUGUGUGAGUUACUUCUUGCGCAAGGAGCAGAUGUUAAUUCUAAUUAUCAUGAACAUCAGGUAUGAGAACCUUUUCCAAGACUGUAAAUUCAAUUUUCAAAGUGCAAAUGCUGUUAACAAGCUUGUGAAACUGUAUUACAUGAAAUCAGAUGCUGUUGGCUAACGUGUUGUUUUUCUCUGAAAAUGAACCGUGGAAUUUUGCUCAAAAUAAUUCUUGUGAUAAUUUUGGUGUUCCUUACGGUUGAAAAGGGUAAAACAUAUUCUUUUUUCCACAUCAAGUGUAGAGCAGGCUGUUUAAUUCUAAGAUUUCUGAUCCCAAGUUACAAAACUGUACCUUUUCUAAACUUGUCAAAGUAAAAGUUCAAAGUGUUUACUGUUGAAAUCUUUGACAGUUUAGGCAAAGAAUAAUUUGAGUGACCAAUUGUUUGUUUUUCUGUGGAAGAGACCUGGAGACUGCUUGACUGGAUUUUUGUCCUUGGAUAACUUAAUUAACCUUAAUCUUAUAUAGUUAUCUUAUAACCCUUAAUUCAUAAUGCUACCCUAACUUUUCUGUAAACCAAACUAAGUCUUUAUAAUUUAUAAUGGAAUUAUCAUACCUAUUUCAGUACACAGCACUCAUGUUUUCCUGUCUCUCAGGUACGUCAAAUCUACUAUAAAAAGGUAGAACCAUAAUACAAAAAGUUUAAACCUUCUGUAUGUUUACGAGCCAACCUAGACUAUGGUCUCAAUUUAAAGUGGUAGUUAUUUAAUACAUGCAUGCAUCAAUGGUUCAAAUUGUGAGAAGAAUGAUUGGGUUGGAACUAUUUCCAAGACAAAAAGGUAGUCAUUGAUGGGAAUGUACAGUGUUUUCUGUACAUGGUAAUUUGAAGGUAGAAUUUAGCAGUUGGUCAGAAGACACUGACUAAGAGCUUUUUCUUGCUGUUUUAAAAGUAUCGCAGUUAUAAACCAUAGGCAUUUUAUGCAGUUAGUACAUGUAUAUAGGACCUGCAAAGAAAUUUCUCCCACCCACUGUACUAUACACUGUAUGUAGGGAGUCUGAAGUUAGAGUACACUGUAUUAAAGCUUGAUACAUGUACAGCAAAUUGCCUUACCUAUACCCUCCAGCCUUUAAAUUUAAUUAUCAUUUGUUCAAAAUACUUUGCUAUUUCGGAUUGUCCCCAAUAAUCCCCUGGCUAUUCUUCAUAACCAGCUGGCGCAGACCAUACGCUUGAUUGAUUAUUAUUUUUUGGAAGGUGUAGGCAAUAACUAACCAAUACGUUGGUAUAAAAGUAUUUCCCCAAUUAAUUUUAAAAUAGCAAUGUCAUUUCCAGGCAGUGGUGCAGCAGCCUUUAAAGCUGUUAAUGCAUGAGUGUCUUACACUCAAACCGGCGAACUCAUUGCCGGAUUUCUGUCUAAAUUUGUUCCAAACAAGCUCGACAAUAUGCAAAAAAUAUUACCCUAUCGAUAUCAUCUAAUUUGAGGAGCAUCUGGAAAAAACAUCUGUUAAAAUUCUGAAACCGUGCCAAGAACAGGCAAAUGUUUUGAUGAAAGUUUACAGGGAGGUAAAAUUGUUAAGAACUAAAAAUAUUUUAAAUGGGUAAUUUGAAUAAGAGUAUUAUUGAAUUGGGCUUUCAAACAAUUGCAAAGAAUUAUGCAGAUCUCGGAGGAUGUCAUUCAACAGGCCUUUGUCCUCACAGGAUCAUCCUCUUCGAUCUGGCGGCAUAAUUAUUCACAUCAUACUCAGCCUCAUUCAAUAAUUUUAAUUGUUAUUAUUAUUUUUUUAUGAAUGGUUGGAGAGCUUCUAGGAAGAAUAAAAUGUAAUGUGUUGACCCACAAGAUGACAUGGCACUGUGGCUAAGCAUCUGUCUUCUCUAACUUGUUCCUAAACAUUAGGAUCUGUUGAUGCAACAAGAGUAUUACUUGAAGCAGGAGCAAGGGUGAAUGCUGAGAACAAUCUUGGAAGAACUGCUGCUCAGCUUGGGGCCUUUGUUGGUGAGUUGUUCAUAAAACAUAAGGGUAUACGUAGUUCAUGAUCAUCAACUUGAAAGAAGUAACACGCCAUGUACAUGUUUAAUUUGCUGCGUGUUCACCAACCGGUGUAAAAGUUCAAUAUUUAACAACAAAAUAAGCCUCUUCCAUGCGCUUCAGAGAGACUUGGCUUACUGCAAAAUAAUGUAAUGGACUAUACUAUGAUGGUUCUUUGUGGUAAAGAAAGUUGCAAUUAUUACAAGGCACUGUGCUGUGUGUGUAAUAAUUCCACUCCUUUCACAAGUUUAGUUAUUAAUAUCAAUCUUUUUUGGAGAAAAAAGAAAGAAAAACAUUAUUUGUUAUCUCAUUGUACAGGUCAGACUGACUGUGUUAGCCUUAUUAACAACUUUUUGUCAGUGGAAGACCUGGAGUAUUAUACCAAACCUCAAGGUAUUUAACUUACAGGUUAAUGCAAAAUUGUACAAUGUAGGAAUAAAUUUUAGAUUUGAAUUCCAUUGGUAACAUUUGUAAAUUCUUGGUAAUUUUUUUUGUUUGACCUACAUGUACGGUCAUUUAAAACUUGCAUCUUUCUUAUAUCGUGAGGCUUAACCCAUUCGCUCAUGGAAAUUUUGUGGAAUGACACGUUUUGUAGCUAGUUGAGCUGUUUUCUGGUCACACUCUGGCUAUAAACAGCUAAAACCUGCCAAAAAGCCCUUUGCAGCUUGUACCCUUAACGGCCUUAGGUUCCGGAUGCAAAAUAUCGCCUUAUAUGGCCCGGGGGGGGGGCACUUUAGGAAUUUCUGGGUGGGGAUGUGCCGCUGGGACCCUGGAACCCUUGACCUAUACCAGAGCU